AUGGAUGUGCUCAAUUGGAAUCCGUCAACAAGCUUCCACAAUUGGCAAGGAAAAGGAUUUGGCUCUCGUGGCAAUGUCAAACUCUCGGCAUGUCAAGAUCUCGUGAUCGUUCCCGGUGGCCCCGAUUGGGUGAUCAGAGAGUUAGAUGAAAAGUUCCCGGAAUGCUGCUGGAAAUUCGCGGCAACUUCUUCGAUUGCUCAAUAUCACUUCGCCCAGGCAGUGAAACCGAAUGAGAGACUUUUCUUUCCCAAUUUGGCCCCAUCGAAACGCUCCACUCCAUCGAUUCCCGUCUUCUUUGCAACUCUUCCGCAUUUCUAUUCACCAACCGAUUUUAGUGUUCAGCCCAAAUACUUGGAUGAGUUCCGGAAUCGAAUCUGUGAAGAAAUGGAGGACGAAUAUCGAGAGAAAAGAAUGCCAAAAAUGGAUUAUGAUCAUUUGGUUAUUGGAGUCGCUUGUGCAACAUUUGAUGGUCAACGCUGGGUGAGGACGCGUGUUCUUAAGCAUUCUGGACCUGAGAAUGUUUUUGUUGAAUUUGUUGAUUUUGGAACCACAAAAAUCGUCGCAAUCUCUGAUUUGUAUCGACUGAAGAAACGAUUCGGAAAAGUGCCUCCAAUGGCUUUACGUUGCAGAAUUCAAGAUGUUUAUGUGAACGAUUUGGACGCUCACAAAGUGGAUGCAUUCCAGAAAAUGAUUGUUGAUUGUGGGAAUAUUGUGAGAGUCGAAUUGGCUGCGCUUGAUGAACCUUAUGUGGUGAACCUCUAUCACCCAACAAUUAUCGGUAUCAACUUGGCUACAUCGUUUUAUCGAACAGACACAAUGGCAGCCAAACAACUAUACAAACCUGUCAUUGAUGAUACUCCAAAUGAUGAAGAUGAUGACUAUACGGAUGAUGAAUCUAGUGAGAUUGAUGGUGAUGAACAAGAGAUCGCUCAAGUAAAAGUCAUUCGCUCUUUACCUAAAGCUCCAAAGAUCUUCCGAGCCGCUCUCCAAACAUUGAUCAUCGCGAACCUCGAAAAUGCAGGCUGUGUGUUUCUUCAUGAAUCAAAUCAAAUAGAUAGACGAAUUCGCAUGGAGGCCAAAAUGAAGAAAAUGUUUCUGGAGAAAUCUCUCCAUGUUCUUCCAUCUGAAUGGAUAUCUCUAUCAACUGCUUGUGUUUUUGUAGAAGAAAGAAAUGAAGACCUUCAAAUCCAUCGAGCCACAAUUGAAAGUGUUGAAGCAAAUUAUGUUGAAUUGUUCUUCUGUGAUCUUGGAUUCUGGAAACGUCUCGCUCAUGAAGCGACAAGGAAACAACUCUAUGCUUUGUCUGAAGAAUUUUCCGAUGAACCAAUGGUUUAUGUGGUUUCAUUGACGGAUCGUGGCCGCUAUCCACAUCCGGAUUUGACGGCACAACUAAAACAGCUGACGAGCCAUUCUACAAAGGUGAAAUUUGAACGGGAACAAGAGUCGAAACACAUGCCGAUCAGAGGGAUCCUCUCAAAUGAUUUGCAUAAUGAUUUGUUGAGAGAAGCAGAGGAAAGACUUGAAUCAAAGCGGAUCAACGUGAAGACAUGGGCACUUCUUCCUUACAAUCAAUCGCCUCUUCAUAAUAUCAUUUCUCGUUUUAUCAAUCUUUCAUUCAUUCAUCAACCCCAUCCACCGCACUCAUUUUGUCGUGGAUCUCUCUCCUUUGAAACUUUACCCAUGAAUGAA